GGCCAGAGCAGACUGAUCAAAUUGGCCAAAAGUUUGGCGAUCGACGACUCCGCAGGUCUUCGGCAAGUCGGACGCAGCCAUGUCUAACUCGAACCAAAGCCCGGACUCGAGGAAGGAGGUGAACUGGAAGAUCAGGAGGUUGGUCCAGAAGCAGGAUGAGUUCAAAAAGCUGUGGCAGACCGACCAACUGAGCCACGACACUAAGGUGGAGGCUCUGGAGUCCCAGAACCGGGCGCUGCAGGAGAAACUGGAUGCGGCCAGCAAGGAGGAGGAGGAGCUGAUGACCCAGGUGAGAGUCCACAAAGCGCAGAUCUUCUCCCUGGAGCAGAGGAAGUGCCUCAUACAAUCGGAGGCCAAAGACCUGAAAGUGGUUCAGGGUCAGCUGGAGGGGAAGAUCGGCGAGCUGGAGGCGGCGCUGGUCACUUGGGAGAAGAACCUGGAAGCCCAGGCCCAGAAGCACAGCGAGCAACUGCAGAAGGUGGAUGACGAGUGGAAGGAGAAGAUGCGCGAGAAGGACGAGGCCUUCGCCAAGCAGGCGGCCGCUCUUCAAGCUCAGAUGGACAAGAUGAGCAAGCAGGCCGAGGAGCUGGCCGAGGACAAACAGAAACUGCAGGUGGCGCUGAGCGAGCGGCAGGAGGAGCUGGAGGCCCAGAAGGGCAUUCGCGACAAACUGCAGUAUGACCACGGCGUGGAGAUGAGACUCAUCCAAAUGCAGAAGAACGCCCUCUCCAACAAGGUGACCGCUCUCACCAACACCACCGACGACCUGAUGGAGAAGAAGGAAGCCCUCAAAAAGUCCGACGAGCAAAAGAGCAAAGAACUCAAGGCCAAGAAUGCCGACAUCAGCGACCUGCAGACGCACAAGGAGAUCGUCAACGCGCAGCUUCAGCGCGAGGAGCGAGGGGCCGCCACCCUGAGGGAAUCUCUCAGACACAUGGAGACCGACAUGGAGGCCCUGAGGGUCGAGUAUACGAUCGAGCAGGCCGCCCACAAGGUCACCAAGAAGGACCUGGCCCUGGCCAAGAUGCAGGCCAACGACUUGGCCGAGAAGAUCAAGUUCCACGAGGGCCGUGUCAAGGCCCACCAGGCCAGCGUCAAGAAUCUGGAGUGCGUGCUCCUCACCAAGGACACGUACAUACGCAGGUUCCGCGAGGACCUGGAGACCUCCAUCUCGCUCAUCAACAGGCCAAAGACCUUCACCAAGGCCAUCACCAGCCUCAAGAGGAAGUACAUCACGGGUGACCUGGACGUUUGCGUGGACACCAUCGAGGAAAAGAUCGCAAAGUUCUUGGAGUCCAACAAGUUGCAGUCGGACCACUUCGAGAAGACUACCCAGAGCCUGCGGCGCCAGCUGGAGCAGAAAGACACGGAGACCCAGAAGAGGCUCCAGAAACUGGACCGCUGCCGCGGAGAACUCAUCAAGAUCAUCAACGAGCAGCGCCUGGAGAUCGCCAAGGUCAAGGCGGAGCUUAACGACGUCACGCAUCAGCUUCGGCAGAUGGCUCCGCCCCUCGCUGCUGCCAGGACCAAUCGACCUUGAACACCCCACACACCCCGUCCGUCACUCGGCACAACACACACACACAGACACACACACACAGACACACACACACACAAGGCAGACGGCAGUAAAGUUGGGAC